CGCAUUUCGCUUCUGCAAAGGUUUUUUUUCCCAAACACGGACGCUUAAAGACGGUGAAGCAUAUUCGUGAAGAGAGAGCGCACUUUCGACCGAGUGCAUUAUGCGUUAGUUCCAACUGUAAGUCGCACCUUAAAAAUAGAGAACAAAAGCUACCAAACACGAUUAGGCGGGUGUUGCAGCAGAAGCAUAACCUCAAAAAAGAAGGGCCAGGUAGGAAAGAACAUGAAAUCACUGCUGCCCGUGCCGGAGUUCAUCGAUGACGAUGACUGCUCGUUUACUUUCAAGAAGGCUAACCGGCAGCGCGUCGCGUCACACUUGCGCAGGCCACCAAAGUUGUUCCACCAGAGCUUCAACCGCUGCGUCCACGCAUCCGCUGCCAAUGUGAUCUCGUUCCGUGAGGACAGCCAGAGUGAGCUGAGCGCACUUUAUAAUCGCAGCAAGACCGAAUCCUAUUACGAGCAAUGCUUCGAUCAGCUUGCCAAAGUUGGCGAAGGAUCGUUCGGCGAGGUAUUCAAGGUACGGAGCCGCACCGAUGGCCAGCUCUAUGCGGUGAAGAAAUCGAUUGCCCUGUUCCGUAGCGAACGCUGCCGGCAAGCGUGCUUCGAGGAGGUGCGUCGCUACGAACAGUUCUCCGACCACGAGAACUGCGUCAAGCUGUACCAGGCCUGGGAACAGGAUGAGCGGCUGUACAUGCAGAUGGAGCUGUGCAAAUCGAGCCUGGAGAACGUGGCAAUGGUCGAACUGCCCGAGAGCCGGAUCUGGUCGAUCCUGCUUGAUCUCCUGCUUGCGCUGAAGAGCCUGCACGAUCGGAAUCUGAUUCAUCUGGAUAUUAAGCUGGCCAACAUUCUCGUCACCGACGACGGUACGUGCAAGCUGGCCGAUUUUGGGCUCGUGUUCGAUCUUACACAGGGAAACAGCCGGUACGCUUCCGAAGGAGACUCGCGAUACAUUGCCCCGGAGUUGAUGGAAGGGCGCUACACGAAGGCGGCCGACAUUUUUAGCCUAGGACUGGCUACGCUCGAGCUGGCCUGCAAUCUGGAGUUGCCGAAGGAUGGGCGCAUGUGGCACCGGCUGCGCAGUACCCAGCCACUACCGGAUGAGUUAACGAAGAAGAUGUCGCCAGUGCUGCGGGAUAUCGUACAGCGCAUGCUUCGUGUACAGCCGGAAGAACGGCCCACGGUCGAUGUACUGCUGCACCAUCCGACUAUUCAGAAGCUACGGGAAGAUCGUAGCCGCUCGCGUCUAGUGCGCGGUAUCGUUGGCUUCUUCCGGCGCAAAAUGCUCUCCCUUCGGCAGUUUAUUGCUGGAGCGCUCUUGUGGUUGGUGGCAUGCUUCCGGUUACAGCACCGCAAGCGGCCAUCGGAUCGCGAGAACAGAAGAUCCUCGAAGUGUGCUUCGCGAUCGUUCCAGGAGCAAUCUUCGGGGACACUGCAGGGCGACUCGUUCUACGGUAGAGGCGAAGAGGAGGAUGACGGUGAUGGUGUCGCGGAAUCACCGGGAUCAAAGGAUAGCAUGCAAAGUACACCGACUUUGAAUAACUCGAUUCCGUCGCAGUUGCCUUCGAUUAGGAUUGUUAACUCGACGCCUUUGAAUCAUCACCAUUUGCACCAGAUGCAGAAUAGUUUGUUGCACCAGCUGCACCAGCAACACCACCAAUCGGGGAGUGGUCUACGGCAUCAUCAGAAUCGCUUACCUUGCUCUCCACUGCGGGUACUAUGGUUUGGAGAAGACGAAGACGAUGAUCUAUCGCUGUUGAAUGAUUCCCAAACGCACAAUCGUCACGCUAUCUCAUCCACGCCGCUGCAUGGCCGAACGGCGACGUCGGCGGCCCACGCCAACACAACGGCAGAGAAACUGAAGCACCUUAAUGAUAGCGAUAGCGAUAUUCGGCCACUCAGUACGUCGCUACCCAAGGAUGAACAAGGUCAAUCACCUGCCAGUGGCGGUGGUGGUAGAACUGCUGGUGGUGGUAAUACUUCCGGCCAUGAUUCCUCGAUCAUGGCGACACCAAACUGUUCCUUUCAUUUGCUGCAUUCUGGUGGACGAGGCUUCGCUGCGACGACCCCGUCUGGCUGUGAUUCUCUUUCGUCCGGGUUCGCUUCCCUCCCGAGCAAGAAGCGAUUACAUUUUAACCUCGAUGAGGAUGAUACGGAUUCCAAUUGAACGGCGAAAGACAGUCCUCUAGCCACACUCAAGCCGAUUGUAGAAGAUCUCCGACGGCUCUCUCUAUCCCUAUCCGGAAGGCUCGUAGGGGAAAUACGAACAAACAAGUACGCGAAAAAGACACCCCAGGCGAUCAUCUUUUGUUUGUUUGUUUUGUUUUGCAAUUAACGAUACUAUUAAGAAGAAGCCAAGCUCUCACCAAUAACGGAUCUCACAAACUACUACUAUCCUUUUCCCCACAGCGCUGUUCCUGCUGCGCUGUUUGCUUUAACACGCAGGAACCAACGGGCUCGCCUGCUAUUAAUUGCGACGAAAAAGAUCCACUAGGACACGCAGGACCUAGCAGGUAGUGAUGAGCAUGUACGAGGAGCUCUCAGGGCGUCUACGUUCGUGCCAGCAGCAUUCCAGGAUCAGAGCAAAGGUAGGAACGAUGAAUAGGGUGGGUGAAACACGAGCCAAGCAACGACUAAUAACGAGGAAGGUCCUAGGUGGUGAUGGUAAAUGUGUAACAAAACUAGCAAAAACUUGUGAUAAUUUUCCGUAAACUAUUUUGUUAACUUUCUAUCUAAUUGAAUGGGUGCGUAAAAAGAGGAACGCAAGUCGCGCGCAAUGUUGUCUGCGGUGUAUAAUGAUCCUUCACUUCCUAGCAGAGUCAAGAAGCGAAACGGAGGUAGCACACGAUAUGGUUUUACUGUAUUCGGAUUGUAACCAUUACCUUGGUUGCUACGAAGUCGGUUACGUAGGUCAUUCAUGCAUACAGGAUCCAGGAUGUUAGUGGUUAAUCAUGAAGGAGUAAAUCGCGGGAUAACGUGGCUGUAUGUGUGCGUGUG